AUGGCCAAAAGGGCGGUCACCGCUGCGCAAGAUCCUCUCCCGCCUCCCCCGCGCACCCUCUAUGCCCUCGGCCUGGAAGGCUCAGCCAACAAGCUAGGCGCAGGUGUCAUUGCCCAUGCCCCCGACGGCAGCGUCUCCAUCCUCUCCAAUGUCCGUCACACUUACGUCACACCACCCGGCUCGGGCUUUCAGCCAGGAGAUACGGCUCGCCAUCACAGGGCAUGGAUUGUCCGAGUGGUCAGCGAAGCUGUUCGACGAGCAGGGCUCGAGGAUGUCGGCGGCUGCGACGCUAUCUGCUAUACCAAGGGUCCGGGCAUGGGUGCAUGCUUAGCCAGCGUGGCCAUCGUAGCAAGAACGCUCGCUGCGCAAUACGGCGUGCCAUUGGUCCCCGUAAAUCACUGCGUGGGCCAUAUCGAGAUGGGUCGCACCAUCACUGGCGCCUCUAAUCCGGUAGUUCUCUACGUCUCCGGCGGUAACACUCAGGUGAUAGCCUACUCUGCGCAACGCUACCGUAUUUUUGGUGAGACGCUGGAUAUAGCUGUGGGCAACAUGCUGGAUCGUUUCGCGCGCGUUGUAGGCUUGAGCAAUGAUCCCAGCCCGGGAUACAACGUCGAGCGCGAGGCGAGAAAGGGGAGACAUUUGGUCCCACUGCCUUACGCUACCAAAGGGAUGGAUGUGAGCCUGGGCGGGGUGCUGAGCUGCGUCGAGGCGUAUACCAAGGACAGAAAGAGGUUCAAGCCGGACACGAAGAGCGAGGUCGGCGGUGGAGAGGUAGGAGAGUGGGGAAAGAUGGCGAAUGGAGAGACGUGGAGUGGGGAUGGAAGGCAUGUCGUACGCCCAGGAGAUGACGAGGAAGAAAGCGACGACGGCGACGACGACGAAGCGUCGGCUCUACGAUCAAGCAUCCCCAAUGGCGCCCGCCUCCCAGACGUCAUCACGCCCGCAGACCUCUGCUUCUCCCUCCAAGAACACGUCUUCGCCAUGCUAGUCGAAAUCACCGAGAGAGCAAUGGCUCACAUCGGCUCGCGAGAAGUUCUCAUCGUGGGCGGUGUGGGGGCCAAUUCGCGACUGCAGGAGAUGAUGGCCAACAUGGCCAGGGAGAGGGGAGGCAAAGUCUUUGCGACCGAUGAGCGAUUUUGCAUCGACAACGGCAUCAUGAUUGCUCAUGCUGGGUUGCUGGCCUUCAGGAUGGGGCAUACGGUUGAGCUGGAGCGAAGCACUGUCACGCAACGGUUCAGGACUGAUGCGCCGAAGAUUGACUGGAGGGCGUAG